ACCUUCGACCCUCAUGGUGCACAAGGGUCAGUUUGCCUGUCCGCCAUCUUGAUUUGUCGGACGAUCACGCAAGGUCCUUUGCCUCCAGUUUGAGGCUGUUUUCAAGACAAUUCAGCACAUCAACAGUUAUUCAACCCCAUAAACCGAAAUCGGCGAGAGAAGCAGCGAGGUUGCUAUGGACGAUCUGCCAGUUGUACACCCUGGGGACGAGGCAAGCAGCAGCGAGAAAUUAGACACGGGAAGGCAGCAGAACAAGGAAGAGGACAUUCCAUGCGAGGAACAGUGUGGUGUAGAAUCUGACCAUCCUCCCGCACAGGACCCAACAGAGCAGACGGACAGGCUUGUGGUGAAACGUACUAAGAACAAACGCUUCGAGUGUACGGAAUAUGACUAUAGGGCAGCCUCAAAUGUUAAACUAUCUCGACAUAUGAGGAAGCACACUGGCGCAAAACCUUAUAAUUGUGAUCAGUGUGGACAUUCUACUGCACAAAAAUGUAAUUUAGACAAACACAUCGCUAAACACACCAGCGAAAAACCCUACAAGUGUGGAGAGUGCGGAUACAGGGCGGCUGACAGGUCUGCCCUAACCGUGCACAUGAGAACACAUACAGGCGUGAGACCUUAUAAAUGUGACCAGUGCAACUUUUCUGCCGCACAGAAAUGCAAUUUAGACGGACACAUGGCUCAACACACCGGCAACAAACCCUUCAUGUGUGGAGAGUGCGGAUACAGGACUGUCCACAAAUCUAAACUAUCCAGACAUAUGACAACGCAUACAGGUGAGAAACCCUAUAAAUGUGACCAUUGCGACUAUUCCUCUGCACGGAAAUCUGAUUUGGAUCGACACAUGGCUAAACACACCGGCGAAAAACCCUACAUGUGUGGAGAGUGCGGAUACAAGACUACUGGUAGGUCUUCCUUAACCAGACAUAUGAGAACACAUACAGGCGUGAAACCUUAUAAAUGUGACCAGUGCGACUAUUCUGCUGCAAAGAAGAGCGAUGUAGACCGACAUAUGGCUACACACACAGGAGAAAAACCCUACUAUUCGACCUGCACAGAUGAGCGUGACCGCCAUUUUGAUUUGUCGGGGCAGCACGAUUCUUUGUCGCCAUUUUCACGUCAAUUCAACACCUCAGGGAUCAAGCAACGCCGUCAUCGGGUAGCAAUGAACAAGAGGGGCAGUGAGGUUGGUAUGGACGACCAGCCAACUGUACACCCUGGCGACGAGGCAAGCAACAGCGAGAAAUUAGACACGAAAAGGCAGCAGAGCAAGGAAGAGGACAUUCCAUGCGAGGAAACGUGCGGAGUAAAACCUGACCAUCCUCCCGCACAGGGUCGAACAGAGCAGACGGACGGGCUUGCGGUGAAACGUACCGUUGAUAAACUCUACGCGUGUACAGAAUGUGGCUUCAGUACAACCUCAAAAUCUGGCAUGUUACGACACGCAAGAAAAUAUACCGAUAAGAAAUCUAAUAGAUGUGACCAGUUCGACUGUUCUGCUGGAUUUAAAGACGAUUUAGAUGGACACGUGGCUAAAAGUACGAGCGAAAAGCCGUACAUGUGUGGGGAAUGUGACUACAGUACGGCUGACAGGUCUCACCUAUCCCGGCACAUGAGUAGACAUACAGGUGAGAAACCUUAUAAAUGUGACCAGUGCGACUUUUCUGCUGCACAGAAAGGUAACUUAGACCGUCACAUGGCUACACAUACUGGAGACAAACCCUACAUGUGUGGAGAGUGCGGAUACAGAACCGCUCGCAAGUCUACCUUAUCUCAACAUAUUACAACACAUAGUGGCGACAAACCCUUCAUGUGUGGAGAGUGUGGAUACAGGACUACUACCAAGUCUAACCUGUCCAGACAUAUGAGAUCACAUACAGGUUUAAAACCUUAUAAAUGUGACCGGUGCGAAUAUUCUGCUGCAUAUAAAGACAAUGUGGACCGACACAAGGCUAUAAAACACACAGGAGAAAAACCCUACAUGUGUGGAGAGUGCGGAUACAGGACGGCUAGCAGGUCUUCCUUAACCGUACACAUGAGAACACAUACAGGCGUGAAGCCCUAUAAGUGUGACCAGUGCGACUAUGCUGCUACAAAGAAAAGCUAUUUAACCAAACACUUGGCCGAACACGAUUCUUAGCGAUACAUUUGACAAGUGCAGACACAGGACGGUUGAAAAAUCUUACGUAUCCAGAACACGCACAAAAUACAAUGAUAGUAAUGAUAAUCUUUAUUGCAUAUUCAUGCCCGAGGGCUACAUGCACAAAAUGACCACAUGUGGACUUAUGGAUGCAGAGGAAAAACUUAACUAAUACAAUGAUUUUAUAAACUAGGCUGAACUAUACAAUGCUUUUAAACUAGGCUAGCUAAAAUGGAAGGGAAGUAAGACACCAUGUGUUACAAUCGCUAAUGGCUGCAUCUAACACGUCCUUCUCUCUUUGUGAAACACAUGGAGACAUAUUCACAUAUUGCGUCAAUAGCAUGAUCGUCCGUGCAUGACAUCAAGUACUUAAAUAAGUCUUGUUUUGACACUUUCUUGUAAUUAUUGUCUAGUCGUAUAGCAUUGUAUACGGAUUGGCGUUCGUAUUCAUAUAAUGUACAAUCUAGUAAAAACAUGUGUCUCGUCUUCGAUAUACAAAUGGUCACAGAAUUUACAUGUUCUAUCAUUUACAAAAUACAGAUGAAGACUAUCAAAUCAAAUGCGAUAAUUCCGGCAUUAUCUAAUGAAUACACAUGGUCAAACACGUUGUAGUUUAUGAAUACACCAACCCAACAUGUGUGAUGAGUGCGGAUUCACCGGGAUGGAACUUUCGUAUAGUUGCAUAACUAUUAAAUAGCCGUAUAUCAGUAUCCACUAUUUCAGGACAAAAGAGACCAAAAAAGUUACUAUUACACAGAAGAAGUGGCAAGGGCAAGAUGUAACAGCAACAUGUAACUGGAGAAAAUGAUCCGCUAACAAUUUGUCAAAUCAGUAUGGCUAGAGAGAUCGUUGUAAACGUGGCGGUAUUAUGAUAAUAGAUGUUAAUUGUAAAUGUAACAACGUCCGGAAUUUCGAGAGCCAAGUACAAAGUUUGAUAGCUACGUAUCUGCUGUAGUCAGAGAUGUAGUCAUGAAGCCAUACAUGUAGAUAUCACAAUAUGUGUAAUUGUCAAGGUCUUUUUUCUCAAUAAAGCUUAAGGAAAUAAAAAAAAAAAGAAUCAGUAUCCACUAUGUUCUAAAUCAUUGUCGAUGUACUCCUCGGUUUGCGAUAAACCACGUCAUUUUUGUUCAGGCCAAUGUCGAAGUGAACGCCCGCUGUAUGAAUAUCUAAUAAGCUAGACCUUGUGCAUACUGUAUGCUUUAACAUGAUAGAAACAUUCUGUAUUGUAUGCAUGCCAAUAAGCGCUUACACUUACUUAUUUUGGAAAAUCAUGUCCAGUUGCUUAAGUAACUGCUUUUUUGCGUAUCUUAUCACCUUGUUGUCUAACCUUCAUUGACAUAUCAAACUGUAUGUUAUUUCUGCAAUAAAUCUUUGCUUAUAGGUAUCCAAAUGCCG